AUGGACACAGAGGGGAUCACGAUAGAAAUGAGUUCUGCUGACAUCUCUCAGGGAAUGCAGUCAGAAGAUGUUACAGACCUCGCUGAAAAGGAAACUGAUGUUGAUGACAGUCCAUCAGAUUCAUCGGAAGAAAGUGACAAUGAUAAUGCAGAAAAGAAUGCAGGGGAUAUCCAAGAUCAUUAUUCGGUACACGACAUUGUGCAGAACUGUUGCACCUUUGCUGGAAUGGAAAUCAUUGAUUACUUUGAUAGAGAAAAAACAAAAGCGGGAUUACGUGUAGUUCGUGGAGUGGAUUGGGAUAAAGGAGAUGAAGAUGGAGGAGAAGGAAAUGUUGGAACUGUUAUAGAAGUCCUGGAUAACUCUCAACAGGUGCGCGUUCAGUGGGACUCCCAGGAGACGGCCAACUGUCACGAGAACCCGGACAAGUUUAUUUAUAGAACGGGGAAGGACAGGAAAUACGAUCUGCGCCUUUUUGAUAACGCGCAGACAGGCGUAUAUCACAAAUUUGUUCAAUGUGAUGGCUGUGACGAGACACCACUACGGGGAAUGAGGUGGCGAUGCUUGCAUUGUGAAGACUUUGACUUGUGUACAGACUGUUACAUGUGUGAUGAGCAUGAUUUAGACCAUGCAUUCGAAAGACACCAGGGAAUGAAAACAAUGAGUGUAAGCGUAGGAAUGCGUGCUGAUUUAGAUUACCUUGUAGCAAAUGGAAUAUUUCAAGAUGUGAAUGUUAAAUCAAGGAAAGAUCCAAAACUGAAAGGAACUGUCAACUGUAUUGAUAAUGACAUAGCUACUGUUUAUAAUUGCGAUGCCAAAGUGGCAUGGAACAAUGGAGUAUCCACCAAGCAAUACAGGAUAGGACGGGAAGGAAAAGUGGAUAUCAAAUACAAAAUGCCCGGGGAAGUGCCGUACUUUGAGGAUCAUUUGCAGGAAAUCCAUAAAGCUAAUGCAACAGAAGGAGUACGCGUGUUGAAGAAAACAAACUUGAGAGAAGCAAUUGUAGGAACGAUAACUUUCGUAAAGGACAUAGAAAAGGAGACACAGGGCUUUAAACGAGGACCUCGGCGCCAAAGUAAUAGACAUUCUGCACACAACUUAAUAGAUCGGGCAUCCUUCAGACGCCAAAGAAGAUUAUCUCAGGUUAAGAGCAUUGUAGAUGAUUCCAAGAUUAUUGAACAUUGUCUUGUAACUGUGCAAUGGGAUAACGGUGAUAUAUCUGAAAAUAUUGACACCAGUUCUGGGGAGGUAUUGCUUCUGGAUAAUAGUCAGACAGGGAUUAAACAAGAUGCUAUGUGUGAUGGAUGUGCAACCAGAAGGAGAAUAAAAGGAGUGAGAUGGAAAUGUUCUCAGUGUCCUAACUAUGAUCUUUGUACACCUUGUUAUAUGUCUGGAACAGAUGGACACCUUGGCCACAUAUUUCAACGAAUUACAGAGCCAACAAAAAGAACAGUUUUAAAGACAACGCGGCAAUCAUUAACAAUGAAAACAGCCCUUGGGAUAUUCAGAGGAGCCAUAGUACAGAAAAUAGGAGAUGAAACUGGAGUAGUUGGUACUGUAGAGAGUAUAUGCCAUUACAAAACAAACAAUGCCAGAUGUGUUGUUGUUGUGGACAGAGAGAAAGACGAGAACCAAGCCAGAGGACCAUUCACUGAUUUUCAAAUUGAGAAGGAAUUGAAAUAUUACUGCUAUUAUCCAACCCAUCUACCUGAUUUGGGAAAAGAUAUCCAAGGAUAUGUCAAAGCUAGACAGGAAGGAAAACAGCAGGUAUAA